AUGCCCGUACGCGCGUGUACCGAGCCCGCGACAAAGCAACGUAUCGCUGAAUGGGACACGGGAAAGGAUCCAGAAGAUGUGAUGGACGACGAAUGUUUCGCAUGGUUCAUGUUGGCGUACCAGGUGGACCCGCUAGCGUUAGAUUCCCUGAAGAGACAAAUCAAGGCGGUGGUAGUAUUCGACAUGUCCAUCACCGACGCCGAUCCGCGCAUCGGCAUGCUGGACGGCAUGUCAUCGGCCAUCCGUCGCAACUGUCAAGAUUGGGUGAUUCGGGAAGAGAGCGCUGCCAUCGUCAAGAUUAUUGUGGAUGACAUCAAACCGACGACAUUGCAUCGAGCGCUGUGCGAGUUUGCAGUCGGUCACGAGCGUUACGUCGGUUACGAAGAAGAAUCGAAGCCGAGCGUCACUCCCGACGCGCCAAAGACGACGCAAAGCGGCAAAGGAGCUACAAGGCCGGGUGGACUCCUGUCGAGGCGGCAAGUGCGGAACUGUCCUGCGGUGGCCAAGGACGAAGCUGCAGCUUUCGUGAAGAGCCAUGCCAAAACACUGGCGCAACGGCGCGGGGACACCUCGUGGAAGUCCCAAGAUAGUCGUGUCGCGACGAUUCGCAACGCGACCGCUACAUCUGUGAGCGCAUCACUGCUAAACUCCGGAGCGGAUCUGAAGGUGGCGUCCGGCGGGCUUGUGUCGGCGCUGCUAGCAGUUGGUGCAUCGUCGGAGAUGUUCGAGAUGGGAUCGAUCAACCUUCAGCGCUAUGGAAAGGACAGUCGUCCCAUCAAGGUGACCAAACAAGUUCGCCCGAGACGCAUAGAGUUUCAAACAGCCUAUGGUCCGCUGUUGCUUCGCGGGCUGCUAUGGGUCGAUGAGACGGUUCCAGCAGUCGAGCUGAGCUGGAAAUACGCUGUCUGGAAUUAUUCGGAGGAGUCAAGGGUGAUGCCAAGCACAGUUAUGCAUCGGACGCUGCGGUUCGGCCAUGUAGACGACGACAUCGACGAGGACGAAGGGAUGUGCUACGCAAGACCUGACCUCAGUGGAUCGGCUGACACGGCGCAAGUGAAAUCCCUCCUAGCGUCCAAGGUCGACGCUGCAUCACGGAAGCAUUUUUUUUCACACGAAGGAGUAAAAGUCCCCUCGAUGACGCCCGCCACUGUGAGGAUGUGUUUCCUGUCAACUUUGGUCGCGACCCCCUGUGUGAGUCGAGCCGUUCAAGGUUCAUGUGAAGCUGGGAGCAACGCUGUGAAGUCUGGCCUGCGAAGUUAUCCCCCGACGCAUAUGGCAUUUUUGGAACAGCACGUGCGGGAUUUGGAAGUAUCUGGUCUAGUUUGCCGCAACACACGAUCACGCUGGGCAGCAGCGCCAAGAAUCGUUCCGAGGUUGGUCCCAGGCUGGCUUGACGACCUGUUGGGAUACGCCGCCACUACUGAGGAUCUGCUGCUGCUGCGACGCGUAAUUGAAAUAUGCCAAGCGUACGUUCUCUUGUGUGCGUUUUACACGACAAAGACAAUCUGGUGUGGAAAAGAAAUUUCCGAGGUGUCGUACACGUUCUUGACCGGGUCCAGGGAAUUUCUGUGUGCAACAAAUUGGAUGCGUGCGAACAUCCCAAUGUACACCGAAUUGGUUGCACCUCUGGCGAAGCUUGUCGACAUUGCUGCAAAAGCCGACGACUCACAAAAAAACGACUCUUGCGCGGUCAAGUUAACGCUGCGUCGUUUGGUUCCGUUGGCCCACCCUGAUCCCGAAAAGAUGGUGUACCUAUACACUGACGCAAGCGAGAAGUUUUGGGGGGCAAUCGCUAAGCCAGUAUCGGGCGAGGAGUUGGCACUGCCUGCGCCAGAGCUGCGCCACGAACCUUUGGCGUUUUUGAGUGGAGGCUUCUUUUUCCACGAUCGCUGGCCGAUCGUGGAAAAAGAAGCGUUUGAGGUGUUCGAGUCUUGUAAACGUCUGGAGUACCUCCAGAUACGCCCGGGAGGUUUCCGACUGUUUACCGACCAGCGCAACCUUGUGUACAUGUUCAACCCGCUGGCAUCGAGCACGGGUAUGGCCAAGUACCAGGCCCACAACCUACGACGUUGGGCUCUCACGAUGUCGACGUUUCCUGUCAAGGUGAUGAACCACCUCAUUGUACGUCAGUUGGAAACAUUGUGCAGCGAAGCAUCCCUUGCGUUGAAGGAGUACGACCCCAGCAUCACCGACCGAGUUGCCAAGCCCGAUGCGACAGGGUGCUGA